AGCUUUGUCAAACAUGGCAGCACCUACGGUCAGCGAACAGCCCAAAGGGCCUGAACCCCAUACGACUUCUACCCACGACACCGAGUCCCAUCAAUGGUUCGAGCCGCUGGAGAAGAAUGAACCUGUCUCAUCCAUUGACGACAAUCGCAAGGAGAUUGGUGUAAGCCGUGUCGAAGCCUUCAAUAAGGUACUCUACCAGUCUGGCAAGAAGGGCAAGAUGUUACUUUGGCUGCUUGGUGUUUCUAUCGGCCUCACAAUGUUUGCGUAUGCCCUUGACAUGGGAAUCACUACCGCGAUCUUUGGAACAUUGGCUGCCUCAACUUUUAAGGUCCACAGUCAACUCGGUACCGUCAACACAGCUGCUCAAAUUAUCCGUGCCAUCAGCAAGCCAUUUAUAGGAAAGUUGGCAGAUAUAACCUCUCGACCUACAACCUACGUCAUAAUCCUCGCCUUCUAUGCUGUUGGCUUUGCCGUCGCAGCUAGUGCCAACAACUUCACGACAUAUACUGUCGGAAUUUGCUUUACAUCAGUUGGCAAGUCGGGUCUCGAUCUUCUGAGCGACAUCAUUGUUGCAGAUUUGACCCCUCUUGAAUGGCGAGGGUUCUUCGGUGCUUCCCUGUCCCUGCCCUUCGUGGUGACGGUACCCCUCAACGGCUUUAUUGCUGAUGGCUUCUACGAAAACUGGCGAUGGGGACUGGGAAUGUUCGCCAUUCUCGUUCCGGUACUCCUCAUCCCUGCUAUUCUUACACUCUAUACGAUGCAGCGACGUGGAGAAAAGGCGGGUAUGGUCACUAUAGCUGAUUCCAAGGAUGUUCGGACAGGCAUUUCGGAGACAACAUCCAAAGGCUUAGGAUAUUGGGCCAAACUUGCUUACCGUGCUUUGAUCGAUAUCGACAUUGUUGGCCUUAUUCUGCUUGGAUUCGCCUUCUCCCUCAUCCUCUUGCCUAUAACCUUAGCUAAGAGCGCUCGGGGUGGAUGGACUAAUCCCAGUAUGAUUGCUAUGAUUGUCCUCGGUUUCGUCAUCCUGGUUUUGUUCAUUCUCUUCGAGGCAUUCCUCGCCCCUAAACCUCUUAUGACGAAGCGGAUUCUCCAGAAUCGCGCAUUUAUCGCUGGAGUUAUCAUCCAUACGUUCAAUCAAAUGGCCUCAUCCAUCCGUAACACAUAUUUCUCAUCUUACAUACUCAUUAUCAAGGAGUGGACUACCUACCAAUGGACAAUCUUUCUGGGUAUCACUACUAUGGGUCUGUGCUUGGUCGGUCCAGUUGUAGGGCUGAUUCACCGUUCUACACAUCGCUACAAGAGUCUCAUGAUAUUUGGCGCUGCAGCCAAAAUUCUCGGAUACGGCAUUCUGGUCCAACCGAGUGGUAAAAUGACGCAGGAUACGGCCCGUCUCGUAGCGGCGCAGCUUAUCUUCUGUCUUUCAUCCUUGAAUGUUGUGGGCGCCCGUGUCGGCGUGCAAGCAUCCGUUCCCCAUUCCGAUGUCGCCUCGCUCAUCUCUAUCAUUACCUUAUGGUCUACCUUGGGAUCUAGCGUCGGCAGCGCUAUUGCUACCAGCAUCUGGACAGAACAAAUGGUCGACCAGAUGCAUAAAGAGAUGCCCGAUGUUUCUACCAAGAUUAUUGCUAAGAUCUAUGGUAGCAUUAAGACGCUCAAAACAUAUGAGCUUGCGGACCCUAUUCGUCAGGGAUCUAUCCGGGCCUACGCUAUUGUUAAUGGGCACAUUACUGUUGCCUCUAUCUGCUUGUCUUGCGUCCCUCUUAUUGCUUCAUUGUUUAUGCCUAACUACUAUCUCGGCAAGCAACAGAAUGCUGCCAAUAACAAAGGUCUUGAUGGCGAGGUUGUUGAUAUUCCAGAUGAGCUCAGACAAAGCAGUACUGCUACCGAUUCUCAACCUGCAACAAUCUGGAAGAAGGUGCUGACUCUGUACCGGAAAUAG